AUGGCGAUGAACCGGGUGAGGAGCGCCUUUGCGCCUCCUCGGAAGGGUGAAACUUUCGAGUUGCGCGCUGGACUUGUAUCACAAUAUGCCUACGAACGGAAAGAAGCAAUACAAAAGACCAUUAUGGCCAUGACCUUGGGUAAAGACGUCUCACAAUUAUUCCCGGAUGUCCUGAAGAAUAUUGCUACUGCGGACCUUGACCAGAAGAAAUUGGUCUACUUAUACUUGAUGAAUUACGCCAAAUCGCACCCCGAUCUUUGCAUUCUCGCCGUCAACACUUUUGUCCAGGAUUCGGAAGACCCGAACCCCCUCAUUCGAGCCCUGGCCAUCAGAACCAUGGGCUGUAUACGAGUCGACAAGAUGAUUGACUACAUGGAGGAGCCACUACGAAAGACCUUACGAGACGAGUCGCCAUACGUUCGAAAAACGGCAGCCAUUUGUGUGGCUAAGUUGUUUGAUUUGAACCCUUCGAUGUGCCUGGAGAACGGCUUCUUGGAGAUCUUACAAGAGAUGAUUGGUGAUCCUAAUCCUAUGGUGGUGGCCAAUUCCGUCCAAGCCCUUGCUGAAAUUGGUGAAUCAGCACCAGAGACAAACGCCCUCCAAAUAACGCCCAACACAUUGAAGAAGCUUUUGAUGGCUUUGAACGAAUGUACGGAAUGGGGUCGAGUGACUAUUUUGAGUACAUUAGCAGACUACAAAGCAAACGAUGUCAAGGAAGCGGAACACAUCUGCGAACGUGUGUCCCCACAAUUUCAACACGUCAACUCAAGUGUGGUUAUUUCCGCUGUGAAGGCUGUGUUUCUGCACAUGAAGUACCUGCCGAACGAGGCACAAAAGUCAUAUUUGAAGAAGAUGGCCCCUCCCCUUGUCACCCUGGUCUCUUCCGCUCCAGAAGUACAAUAUGUCGCGCUUCGAAACAUCGACCUCCUAUUGCAAAAGCAACCCGAUAUACUCAGCAAAGAAAUCCGAGUCUUCUUCUGCAAAUACAACGACCCCCCUUAUCUCAAAUUCCAAAAACUCGAAAUCAUGGUACGAAUUGCUAAUGAGUCCAACGUUGAUCAAUUACUGGCCGAACUGAAGGAGUACGCAAUUGAAAUGGAUAUGGAUUUCGUACGAAGGGCUGUUAAAGCAAUCGGCCAGGUCGCAAUCAAGAUUGAAAGCGCAAGUGAGAGAUGUGUCAAUGCUCUUCUCGAUUUGAUCAAUACCAAAGUCAACUAUGUUGUCCAGGAAGUUAUUGUGGUGAUCAAGGAUAUCUUCCGAAAGUAUCCUGGUUACGAAGGCAUCAUUCCGACGCUGUGUAAAUGCAUAGAUGAACUUGACGAGCCCAAUGCCAGAGGAUCACUUAUCUGGAUUGUGGGUGAAUAUGCUGAAAAGAUUAGCAAUGCUGGUGACAUUCUCGGUGGUUUCGUGGAUGGCUUUGGGGAAGAAUUCACCCAGACACAAUUGCAAAUAUUGACUGCUGUGGUGAAAUUGUUCCUGAAACGACCCCAGGCCGCCCAGGGUCUAGUUCAGAAGGUACUAAAUGCUGCUACGGCCGAAUCGGACAAUCCUGAUAUUCGCGACCGAGCCUACGUUUAUUGGCGUCUGUUAUCGAAUACCACAGACCAAAACGCGGCAAAGAAUGUUAUCCUCUCCGAGAAACCACCUAUCACUACGACUAUACAAUCUCUGCCUCCUGCACUGUUAGAGCGACUAUUGGGUGAGCUCACCACACUAGCAUCGGUCUAUCACAAGCCUCCGGAGCAAUUUGUUGGCCAAGGUCGCUUUGGUGCUGAUGCUGUACAACAAGCUGCCAUCGAGGAGGCCAUGGAAAAUGCUCGGGAAAAUCCGAUUGCAGCAGUGGUACAAGGCAAAGCCUCGGAAUCUCAAAACAAUAUUGAGAACCUGCUUGACAUUGAUUUUGAUGGUGCUGCACCGGCUUCCUCGACCGAGAAGCCUUCCAAUGGUCUCUCUGGUCUCGAAGGGCUUGCAGGUACACCUCAAAGGGUAGCCUCACCCACGGUGAAUCAGCCUGCCAACAACAUGGAUGAUCUACUGGGAGUGUUUGGCAACGGAGGCACAUCAGCUGGCCCAUCCGGCUCUUCGGCUUUUGGUGGAAUGUCUGACAGUGAUAUAAUGAAUGGAUUCGCUUCAAUGGAUCUGUCCGGAUCACAACCACCGCCACCAAAGCAACAAUUGGAAAAUGCAGGGCCUAAGAAGACGAACGAGGAUCUUCUCUCAUUGUUCUAA